GGAGCGAAUAUAAUCUUACUUCCGCAUUUUGAUUUAGUCAGAGUCCAUGUAGGUUAUGUAAGACAUGGCAGAGGGAGGGGAUUAUGGAAGUUUAGAAGAAAAACGCCUUCAAUGUUUGUAUUGUAAAACACAGUUUGAUGAAGAGAGCCAUAUACCAAGAGUUUUACCAUGCCUGCAUACUCUAUGUUCGACCUGUUUGAAGAAGCUUUUAAAAAACAAUCUCCUUACGUGCCCAAGAUGUCAUGAUAAAUUUAAAACACCCGAUGAAUCAUUGGAAACAUAUCAGAUUGAUUUCACCCGAAAAGAUCUUGUUUCCUUCUACACGAAGUUUUGCCAGUCAUCAAAAGUAGAGUGUGACAUGUGCGAUGAAAACAAGGCCGAAUUCUGGUGUCACGAUUGUGAAAACUUUUUAUGUGGCGGCUGCAUCAAAAGUCAUGAAAGAAAUAAAAAAUGGAAAACUCACAUAGUUGUAAGCAUUAAUGAAAUAAAAGAUCCAUCUCAUUUUCGACAUGAGGUUCUAUGUAGUAGAGAUGGACAUAAAAACAAACCAUUAGAAGUGUACUGUACAGGGGAUAGCUGUAAAAAGGCUGUGUGUGCCACAUGCUGGAUGGUUGAUCACUCUGACAAGACAGAACAUACUCCAACAGAUAUCAAAGACCAGUUUGUAGAGGAAAGAGACCGUCUUCUCGUAAAAGCAGAAAAGCUAAAUGAAAAACAAGUUCAGAUAACGAGACUCCAAAAGAGAAUAGAUAGUGAAGCAUAUGAUGUCACAAAGCAAACUAUUUCAGCGGAAUUUGAAAUUAGUUCUUUUUUUAACGAGAGUAUUAAGUUGUUAGAGAAGAGAAGGGAUGAGUUGUUGGAGACGAACCGCACGAUUUCAAAAAAUAAAGAAACAGUUCUGACGAACCAGAAACAGGAACUUGAAGAAUUCAAGAAUAGAUUGUCAGAUGCAAACAUUUUCCUUGAGCAAUCAUGUCUUUCUCAGAAUUCAGCAGGAUUUCUUAACCUUACUCCAGUUAUAAACCAAAGAUUUGAAGAUUUGAUACAAGCCAAAUACGAUGAAACUCCUAGAGUUGGUAGCCAAAUUGGUUUUUCAAAUGUAACCACAAGAGAUGACUUACGCAUACUAAAAGGAAAAGAUCUUCAGAAAAUGAUUAAACAUCAUGCUGAAAUUUCAGCUACAAAUGCAUAUCCACCAAAAACAGAAAUAGUACUAGUAAAUACGAGAGGGAAUAAAAUUCUUCAAGUAACCUUGAAAGAUUUCAAGGAGAAUAUUAUAAAUGAUUCUUCUUUACGGGUGUCUGCUGUUCUUAAGGGUAAAUCCUCUGGUGAUGUUACAGAAAUACGAUUUACCAGUAUGGGCAAUGGUAGAUUAAAAUCUUUACAAAGCAUUAAAGAUUCGGAUGUCUAUAUUCACAUUCUGCUGAAUAAGAAACAUUUCACAGAAGAAGUUAAGAUUGAAUCAUUGAACUGUGUAACAGGCAAUCCAGAAGAGGAGACAGAUAUUGUUGAGGAAAACGAUUUAUUCGGUGAAGAAAAAGAACUUACAGAUUCUGAAGAAGAAUGGGAUUUCAGUUCAGAUUAUGGUGAUGAUAUCAAUCACGAAAAUGCCAUGUCGUCGACGACAGAUGGAGAGACUUGCAGUAUUCUAAUCGACGGUUUCUGUGAAAGUAAAAUAACAGAAAAUGAUGUAAGGGAUUAUUUCAGUAACAAGGAUCUCUCUGGAGGAAGUAUAGUCAAGGAAAUUGAUAUCAAUAUUGAUGAAGGAUGGUGUAUUGUAGUUUUUACAAAUUCUCAAGCUGUUAAGGAUGUUUGCAUCAGACGACACAAGCUGAAGGAUCACGACAUAAAUGUAAAAGCUCAUUAUCCAAAAGGACAAAUUGCUCCCAAAGUCAAAGUGAUUUCUAAAUUAGAUGAAAACAAAUUAGCUUUCAUUACAGCUUCAAAUAUUAGCAAAGAUGUUCUAGAAACUCGCUUAAGCAUAUUCUCAGCUAAAAUAGACUGGUCUUCUGUGAAACCAGAUAAGCGUUCUCUACAAAUAGCUUCGAACCUUACUUCAGAUAUGAAAGAUUUUCAGAAGAAAGCUAGAGUAUGGGGUAUACAUAUUGAAAGAGAAGUAUUACAGUUCUUUGAAACAUUACUAGUUAAAGAAUAUAUAAUAGAUCCAAACCAAUGGGACUUAAUCAAGAAAAGCGUUCAUCCAGUUGAUGGUCAGGACAGGGAAAAAGCUAUGAUAACUAUCAAUGGAAACAGAUUUAGCAUAGUAGUAGUUGGCUACCGGAUUCCUUAUAAAUCUUUGGUAAAUCACAUCAACCUCCUUACAGACUCCGUCACAGUCCGGGAAAGGUUAGAAAAUCACGAAAUACGUUUGUUAUCAGUAGGAAAUGUAAUGGAAAGUAUAAGAAACGAAUACACAUCCAUUAAAAUUGUUCCAGAUUUUGCAAACGGUAAUAUUGAAUAUUCAGGAACUGCAGCAAUUGUAGCAUCAGCUAAGCAGAAAAUUUUUGAUACACUAAAAACAAAAGUAACUCUCGUUGUCAAAGAUAUUGAAAAUGAAAGAUUUCAAUUCUUUCAGAGAAAACCAGUUCAGAAAGAAUUAGAAAAGGAAUUUAGAAACAGAGGUAUAAAAUGUGCAGUUGAAUUUGAAAAAGAUAAAAAAAUUAUUAUUUACGCGUUUUCUAAAACAGAAGGUGAAAAAGCAGUCAAAACUGUGAAAGCGUCAAUAGCAAAAGUUGACGUUGGAAAAGAAACACCACCUGGAGAACUUGACAAGGAGUUGCAAGAAGUCAGAAAAAAGAAAGGCAAUACAGUAGAAGUUCGAAUAUCUGACAGUAGAAUUAUAAUUUACGCCAUACCACAGUCAACUGUAGAGGCUAUCGCAGAUCAUAUCAAAUUAUUUGUCAGAUAUCCCCAUGGAAGUGUCCGUUGUACAGCACAUUUCUGUACUGAGACAGGUCAAACUAUAACAACAUUGUUCGGUGAUAUUACAGAUCUUGAUUCAAAUGUCCUUGUGUGCAGCUCUGACAAAAAUUUGAAACUGGGUAUUGGUGUAGGCCAUGACCUUGUACAAAAAGGCGGAGACAAAAUAAAGUUGGAAUGUAACACCUACCUUCAAUCAAAACCAAUGAAGGAAUUGGAUAAAGACGAGGUAUUUUGCAGUUCAUCUGGGAAACUCACCAACUUUAGAAUGGUUGUCCACAUACCUGGUGAAAAAUGGGAAAAUGUCAAAGAAUCUAAUGAGAAUGAUGGAAAGAAGAAUUUCAUCAAGCUAAUUACUUCAUCUCUAGAAAAAGCAGAAGAAAAGAAAAGUAAGAGUAUUGCCAUGCCAGCAUUAUGUUGUGGAAAUAAUGAAUAUCCGGUAACAAAAUCUACUGACUGGAUCGUGGAGGCUUUAAGUAUGUAUCUGAAGCGCACUGGAAGUAAAACAAGCAUUCAAAAGAUUUAUCUGUGUGAUAAGAACCCAAGUGCUGUUGACAACUUUGUGAAAAAACUGAAGACUUUAUAUGUCUUGUUAUACAAUAGAUAAACAGCAAAUUUAAUCCGUUGAUCCAUUUUGGUAUCGACAGUAGUUAAAGCACCUCCACAUUUUCAUUAUAGUUUUUAUUUGUAUAUAUAUAUAUUGCCCAAAAGGUCCCAAAGAUAUAUGAUAGAAAUAAGCUUUUUGUCUAAUUUGUGCAGUAAUUGGUAAUGUCACACGCAAUGUUACAGCCGUUUAUUUUUAAAAUGGUUUUCGGAGGAACGCAAGAAAAGUUUAGUUUUUGUUGUCCAUCAAACACCCAAAAAAGAACUAAGAUCAAUUUGCAGGACAUUAAUCAGAAGUAACCAUUUCCUGGCUGUAUUUAUCUUGAUAUACAAUAAAGAUUAACAGAAAAUUAUAUCGGCUGAUCCUUUUUGGCAUCGACAGUUGCUAAAGCACAUCCACGUAUUCAUUAUAGUCUUAAUGUGUAUAUAAUAUAUUGCCCAAAAGGUCCCGAAGAAAUAUGAAUGAAAUUAGCUUUUUGUUUAAUCAAUGCUCUUAUUAAUAAUGUCGCAUUCAAAAUUACAGCCGUUUAUUUUAAAAUGGUUUUCGAAGCUUUUUUUUUCCGAGAGCUAUCCAAAUAAAACUAAGAUCAAAACGCAUGACAUUAAUCACAAGUUCAUAACCAUUACCUGACUGUGGUUAUCUUAAUUUACAAUAAAGUCGGCUGAUCCUUUUUGGCAUCGACAUAAGCUUAAGCACUUCCAUAUAUUCUUAAUAGUCUUAAUUUGUACAUAUAUGAACAUUAAGGUCCAAAAGAAAUUAGAAUGAAAUAAGUUUUCAAAAUAAAACAAAUGAAUAAUGCCACAUACAAUAUUACGGCCGUUUAUUUUAUAAUGGUUUUCGGUGGAAUGCAAAAAAGGUUAAGCUUUUGUUGCCCAACAAACACCCAAUAAAGAAAGAUCAAAUCGCAUGACAUAUAUCACAAAUAACCAUUACCUUGUUUGUCUUGAAUUACAAUAAAGAUUAAAAACAAAUUUCAACAUUUCGACAUUAGCUUAAGGACCUCCAAAUAUUGAUAACAAUUUGUAAAUAUAUGACCCUCAAAGUCCUAAAAAAAAUGAAUGCAAUUAGCUUUUUAGUUAUCGCAAUGCAGUUAUUAAUAAUGCCAAAUACAAUAUUACAAUGUUCAGCUUUUUUUGCCUAACAAACAUAAUAAAAAACUAAAGAUCUGUUUGUUGUCUGCCAAUGCGCUGGUACUGGCAAGAUUUAAAUGAUAAAUUUCGUCUGUAAAUUUGAAAUUCAUAUAUUAAGUGUAUGUAAGAAAAAUAAAAGUUAAAAUUCUUUCAGGCAAAGCUGACUUAGAAAGGUAUCGACUGAUCGUUCUAGUUAGUCCCACUGGAUUUUAUUUGUACUCGAGGGAUCUAUAUCUUUGGCCGACCAUACCUAAUGAAAUUUAUGCCAGAACCACGCGUCGUGUGCACAAAAAUUGACUCAUUUUUGUUUUAUUUUUAUUUUGGAUAAAAAUUUAUUAUUUUUCAACAUUAUCGGUUUCCAUAUUGUAUGUAUCAGUUCUUCAGUAUUCUACUACAAAUAAAAUCAUUUCAAAUAUA